AAUUUUCCCUUUUUUGACAAGAAUAGAAUUAUAGAAGCAUAGGAGAGGGCAAGAGAGACCAGGAACUGAUGAUUUCUUCCACCUCUUCUUGGUCAUCACGAUUCCUUGCUAUCAAGUGAUAAUUCAGUUGGGGAAUCAUGACGGAGGUAGGGCAGGAGACGGUGGAUUUCGCGGCUCUCGUUGGGCGGGCCGCGGAGGAGUCCUAUGUCGCGCUCAAGGAAUUGGUCGACAAAUCCAAGUCUUCGGAGUCGCUGUCAGACUCCGAGAAGAAGAUCAUGAUUCUCAAGUACAUUGUUAAGACGCAGCAGCGGAUGCUCCGUCUUGAUGUCCUCGCUAAGUGGUGCCAGCAGGUUCCUUUGAUACAAUAUUGCCAACAACUUGCAUCAACUCUAUCCAGUCAUGAAACUUGUUUCACUCAAGCAGCAGAUUCCAUGUUUUUUAUGCAUGAGGGACUACAACAAGCUCGUGCUCCUAUCUAUGAUGUUCCCUCUGCCAUUGAGGUUCUUCUCACUGGAAACUAUCAGGGUUUACCAAAAUGUGUAGAAGAUGUGGGCAUGUUGGGCACAUUGAAUGAGGACCAGCAAGGUCCGGCUUUAAAGAAACUGGAUACACUUGUUAGGUCCAAGUUACUUGAAGUUUCACUGCCAAAAGAAUUUACUGAAAUAAAAAUCUCUGAUGGGGUUGUCUUGCUUCGUGUUGAUGGGGAAUUUAAAAUUCUAGUUACACUAGGUUAUCGAGGUCACUUAUCAUUGUGGAGAAUAUUGCAUUUGGAAUUGCUUGUUGGUGAGAGAAGUGGACUCGUGAAAGUAGAAGCAUCACGGAGACAUGCUCUAGGAGAUGAUUUAGAACGUAGAAUGGCUGCAUCAGAAGCACCAUUCAUGACAUUGUAUUCUAUUCUACAUGAGCUCUGUGUUGCCCUUACUAUGGACACUGUUAUAAGACAAGUGCAAGCACUUCGACAAGGCAGAUGGAAGGAUGCUAUUCGUUUUGAACUCAUAUCUGAUGGUACUGUAGGGCAGGGAGGGAGCACCGCCUUCGGUCAAGAUGGAGAAACUGAUUCUUCUGGGUUACGGAUGCCUGGAUUGAAAAUCAUAUACUGGUUAGAGCUUGAUAAAAGUAAUGCUUCAUCUGAAGCAGGAGCAUCCCCAUUCUUAAAAAUUGAACCAGGUCCUGAUAUGCAAAUAAAGUGUUUACAUAGCACAUUUGUAAUUGAUCCUCAAACUGGCAAGGAGGCCGAAUUUAACCUUAACCGAAGUUGCAUCGAUGUUGAGUUUCUACUACUCAGAGCCAUAAGCUGUAAUAGAUAUACACGCCUGCUUGAGAUAUACAGGGAAGUAGAGAAGAAUGUAGAGAUCAAUAGCACUUCUGGAGAUGUCCAAAUUAAAUUCCAUGUGGAUGGUUCUGAAACUGAAUAUGAAAAGGAACAGGAUAAAGAAGAAGUUCUCUAUUUGCGUGCCUAUGGUUCUUCAUUUUUCACUCUCGGAAUUAACAUAAGGAAUGGCCGUUUUCUUCUUCGUUCCUCAAAAAAUAUCAUCUCAUCGAAAACUCUGCUAGAGUGUGAAGAAGGACUGAAUCAGGGAAGUAUUACUGCAGCCAAGUCUUUUAUCAACUUAAGGAGGAAUAGUAUUCUACAUUUAUUUGCAUGCAUUGGGAGAUUCUUGGGUCUUGAGGUAUUUGAACAUGGUUUUACCGCAGCAAAAUUACCUAAAAACCUAGCAGAAGACUCAAAUUCUUUGUUCAUGGGAUUCCCCGAGUGUGGGGAUUCUUAUUUCUUGUUGAUGCAGCUUGAUAAGGAAUUUAAACCCUGUCCCAAGUUGAUUGAAGUUCAGUCUGAAUCAUCAGGGAAAGCUGAGGCAUUUGGUGACAUCAGCAAAGUUAUUCGAGUAAAAAACCUGGACAUUAGUCGUAUGCACAUGUGUGAAGAUGAACUCAAUUCGAGCCUUCUUGACCGUAGAAAGAUGCUAUCAAUUCCUAAUGAAGUUAAUGCUAAUGAGACUUCUGAACAUGGUAUUUCUUCUAACUCAAGCUUAGAUGGCUCAUUGCUUCUGUCUAAUGACCCCAUCAGUUUUUCCUCUAUUGUCGACGAAGUUUUUGAGCUUGAGAAAGGGUCAAAUGGACAGAGCUCCUCUUCCACAUCUGCUCUGACCUCUUCAUCCUAUUUUGGUCCGGGUACUAUGAAUAUUCACAGCAUAAAACCUUCCAUGUCAUCCCCUAACUGGGAAGGACAAGCAUCACAAAAUGAAAUGAGCAAUUUUAAAAGCUCAACGCAUCGUGGGUCUACCAAUUCGCUACCCACCAAAAGCCAAGCUAUCAAGAAAUUAACAGCUUCAAAGUCAGAUCAAGAUUUGGCUGCUCUCAGGUCACCACAUUCUGGUAGCUUUUCUGUCUCUGGAUCUAAGCCAUGGGCCGCUUCUCACUCAGCUUCCUCACUGGAUUCUUCUGUUUUCGACAACUCAAAUCAAGAAAAUGUUACCAAACAGGAUGGCAGACCUCGAAAGCGCACUGUGUUGGAUAUGUUAAAAUCUCUUCCCACACUCCAUUCUCUAGAAAUGAAUGAAUCAUCCAACAAGAGAAGGAAAAUCAAGGAAGUUCCACAAGCUCAACUUCCUCUCACACAGUCAACAAUAUCUUGUGACCAUCCUAAUAAAACUGGAAGACACAGUUUUGCAAAUCUUAUAGCUGAAGCAAAUAAGGGAAAUUCAUCUCCUAGUAUUUAUGUCUCUGCUCUUCUUCACAUAGUAAGGCAUUGCUCACUGUGUAUAAAACAUGCUCAAUUGACCAGUCAGAUGGAGGCACUUGACAUCCCCUAUGUUGAAGAGGUGGGUCUGAGAAGUGCAUCUUCUAACUUGUGGUUCCGCCUUCCUUUUUCUAGAGGUGACACAUGGCAGUACAUAUGUUUGAGGCUGGGAAGACCUGGAAGCAUGUACUGGGAUGUCAAGAUUAUUGACCCUCACUAUAAGGACUUGUGGGAGCUUCAGAAAGGGAGCAAUACUACUCCAUGGGGUUCUGGUGUUCGAAUAGCUAAUACAUCUGAUGUGGAUUCUCAUAUUCAUUAUGAUUCAGAAGGUGUUGUAUUGAGGUACAACUCUGUGGAGGCUGAUAGUAUUAAAAAGUUGGUGGCUGAUAUACAAAGAUUGUCAAAUGCUAGGACUUUUGCUCUUGGAAUGCGAAAACUACUUGGUGCAAGGACUGCUGACAAGAUAGAUGAUAGCAAUGCAAGCUUAGAUAGCAAAUCAUCUCCUGGAGCAAAAUUUGCAACAGAGGGUUCUGAAAAAUUCUCUGAACAGAUGAGAAGAGUGUUUAGAAUUGAGGCUGUUGGACUUACUAGUUUGUGGUUUAGUUUUGGCUCAGGAGUUCUUGCUCGCUUUGUUGUUGAGUGGGAAUCUAGUAUAGAGGGCUGCAGAAUGCAUGUUUCUCCUGACCAACUCUGGCCUCAUACUAAGUUUCUUGAAGACUUCAUUAAUGGAGGUGAAGUUGCAUCUCCUUUGGAUUGUAUUAGAUUGACCGCUGGACCAUUGCAUGCUCUUGCUGCCGCUACAAGGCCUGCGCGAGCUGCUCCUGUUUCUGGACUCCCUGGCAUCACAGCUUCUAUUUCUUCAACUUCAAAGCUGACUGGAUAUGUGUCAUCUCAGGGUCUGUCUAGCAAUGUAAAUGCAAACGCUAGUCAAGCUUCAUCUGGCCCUGGAGGUAAUCCUGGCAUGACCCCUCAAUCAGGCCCUAUUGGAUCUCACAAUACAGCAGCUGUGUUGGCGGCGGCAGCAGCGGCGGUGGCCAGAGGCGGUCCUGGAAUCGUUCCUAGUUCAUUGUUGCCUAUUGAUGUUUCUGUGGUACUAAGAGGCCCGUAUUGGAUUAGGAUUAUAUAUCGCAAAAAAUUUGCAGUUGACAUGCGGUGUUUUGCUGGAGAUCAAGUCUGGUUGCAACCAGCUACCCCACCAAAAGUUGGUCAACCUAUCGGAGGAUCCCUUCCAUGCCCCCAAUUUCGACCUUUUAUUAUGGAGCAUGUUGCUCAAGAAUUGAACGGCAUAGAUUCUAAUUUUCCAGCUGCUCAACAAGCACUUGGAUUGCCUAAUCCAAAUAAUCCCAAUCCAGGUUCAGCUCCACAGUUGUCAGGUGCAUCGGGGAAUAGGGCCAACCUCUCAAGUGCUGCUGCAAUAUCUCGAACCGGAAAUGCUCUAGCUGCUCUAAACCGAAUAGGAACUGCUCUUCCAGGAGCACCCAAUUUACAUGUGGGUAGCCCAUUACGUAGGCCACCUGGUUCUGGGGUCCCUGCUCAUGUUAGGGGAGAACUGAAUACUGCUAUUAUCGGACUUGGUGAUGAUGGUGGUUAUGGUGGAGGGUGGGUCCCCCUCGUGGCACUUAAAAAGGUCCUGAGAGGCAUUCUAAAGUAUCUUGGAGUACUGUGGCUAUUUGCACAAUUACCAGAUCUUCUAAAGGAGAUCCUCGGGUCAAUUUUGAAGGAUAAUGAAGGUGCUUUAUUGAAUUUGGAUCAGGAGCAGCCAGCCCUGCGCUUCUUCGUUGGAGGCUAUGUGUUUGCAGUCAGCGUUCACAGAGUUCAGCUUCUUCUCCAAGUUCUGAGUGUGAAAAGGUUUCAUCAUUCUCAACAACAGCAACAAAACCCGGCCGCAGCCCAGGAGGAACUAACUCAGUCCGAAAUAGGAGAGAUAUGCGACUACUUCAGCCGACGUGUUGCAUCAGAGCCAUACGAUACUUCUCGGGUUGCUUCGUUCAUUACUCUUCUGACCUUGCCAAUUUCAGUCUUGAGAGAGUUUCUGAAACUCAUUGCGUGGAAGAAAGGAUUAGGCCAAGGGCAAGGAGCCGAAGCUGCCCCCGCGCAAAAAUCCCGUAUCGAGCUGUGCCUGGAGAAUCACAUGGGGUACAAUAGAGAAGGGGUCUCUGAUAGUUCAUCAGCAUCCAAGAGCAAUAUACACUACGAUCGAGCCCAUAACUCGGUUGACUUUGCAUUGACCGUCGUUCUGGAUCCUGCCCACAUACCCCAUCUGAAUGCUGCUGGUGGCGCUGCCUGGUUGGCUUACUGCGUCUCUGUAAGAUUAAGAUACGUAUUUGGAGAAAACCCCGUCGUGUCCUUCCUCGGAAUGGAGGGCAGCCACGGAGGCUGUGCAUGCUGGCUGCGUGGCGACGACUGGGAAAAAUGCAAACAGAGAGUGAUGAGAAACGUGGAAUCGAACGGAUCAUCAGCUGGCGAUGGAAAUCAGGGAAGGUUGAGAGUGGUCGCAAACAACGUGCAGCGAACGUUACAAGCGUGUCUUCAAGGGUUACGAGACGGCAUCGGGAUGACGUGACCGGUCAAUCUAUCGUCGACGACGACUCACUUUUGCAGGAAACUAGGAGUAGAAGAAGAGGUGACUAAAUUCAAACUAGUUCUAAUUGAAUGUUUGAUCUACCUUGUACAUAAAAAUACCCCAACUGCAACUCGUCGGUCUCUUAUUUUGUCAGAUUAAAAGCAAGUUUUAGUGAUUGGUGUUCUAUGUGAUAGGUUUUGGGUUAGAAAUUUGAGGUAACUGUACUGAUGCUGUCGUUUGGAGUUAAGAUGUUAUGAAAAACAAAUUUUGAGUUAAGAUGUGAUUUGUUUGUA